AUGCUACUUUUAAACUCUGCCUACGAACAAACAGGGCUACAAUCAAUCAAAGCGUUGAAAUCUCACACCAAGAAGAAAAACAUUGAUAAUGAAGACAAGCAGAAUGAAACAAUAUACUUGAUGAUAACCAGUGAUAAGCCUGUAGUCAAGAGGAAUGACCACAUCCCACGAAUUAUUCAGAUACCUUCCAAAUUUGGUAAAAUCAGGGACAAAAGAAUAUUGUUAAUCACCAAAGACCCUACAAUGACAUACAGGAAGCAGUUGGAAGUUACCGAUUCAGACACUGAACACUUAUUUAAAGGGAUAUAUGGGUUGAAGAAGUUUCUGUCUAGAAUGCACAAUAAAAGAUACCAAAGAGGGAUAUACAAUGAUUAUGAUGUGAUAAUGGCUGACCAACGGAUCCAUCACAAACUAUUUGAUGUUUUGGGGAAGAAUUUUUAUCAAAAGAAUAAGAAGGUGCCAUAUAUGAUCCAAAUGAACUCUCCAGAGAAAUUGGAGCAGUUUAAGAAAAAGAAGAAGAUCGAUAAAGUUGUCAAUAAGAAAACGGAUGCUGAGCUAGAUGAGGAAGAAGUGAAUAACUAUUAUGUCUAUCAGCAAGUGAAGUCAAUAUUGAGAAACACUACAGUGGUCUAUACUGAGAAUGGGAAUACCUUAUCUAUCAAGGUGGGGACUACCGAUAUGAAAUCCCUGGAGGUGAUGGCCAACAUGGAGGCAGUAGUGGCAUUUUUGACCAGCGAAAAAUACAAGCUAUCCGGUGGAUUUGUAAUGAGCUUUGGACCGUCUGUUAAGGCUGACCCUAAGAAUAUUGUUAAGAAUAGGAUCUUAAACAUUCAUGUCAAGACCAGCGACAGUUCCAGUUUGCCGGUGUACGUGGCUAGCAAAGACGAAACCACCAAUGACAGUGGCAACAACAACGACAAUUUCUAG